AUGCUAACAGAUCCAAAAGCCGUGAAGGUUGAGACCUCUACCUCAAAUGUACCAACGCAGAAUCUGGAUCAAGCGACAAGGGCCUUAUUUGAGAAACCACAGACCAGUGCAGAGGAGUCCAGACCUCAGAGUCAGAAGGAUGACUGCACAGAGCUCAAGGGAAAUGUGAAAAAUCUAACAGAAAUAUUUGAAAGUAAACGUGAGCAGGACACGCAGAAGCAGGGGCCCGAGCUGCAGAGGAACCGGGUCAAGGGGAAGAGCGUUUCGGCACUGAUGAAAAAGUUUGAGUUUUAA